GAAAACGACUUUUUCCUCGUCUCUCUGCAACACUGAGGUAGAUGACAUUUGCGUAGUCUUGUCACUCGUCCCAUGGUUCUGCGCGCCGUCGCCGCCGUUCCAUUCCUCGGCGCAAUUCUUGUCGCGACUCUGUUUCGUUCGCCUUCGCCACUCUUCGUGAGUGUUUUUUUUUGCUGAAGAAAUCUUUUCUCUCGCGCUUCAGGGAGGUGUCUUUCUUGCUGCGAGAGGCGCCGUGCUUUUUCUGUCUUCCUACAGUUCUUCCCCCUCCUCGCCCGCUUCUCCUCUGAGAGUGCAGGGGUCCCUUUUUUUGUAUAUAUAUAUCUGCCAGCGUUCUCUGGCUGUCGCAGAUUUUCCGCUCUUCCUGCAAUUAUUGAUGCUCAUCGGUUGAGUUUUAUUUCUCUGUUGAGUCGUCUGUGUUGCUCGCCGCGUUUCCUUUCCUGCGAUUCGGGAGGGGCUGUCGGCUCUGUUCCGUUGUCGGCCUUUCCUGCCGUUCUGGACCACGGAUUUUUUUCUCGAAGUUUCCUCUGUCUUUUCGUCUUCCUUUUUCGAAGGAGUCAUAUCCUCCCUGCGACGCCCCUCUGCCGCUCCAGCAGUUGGCUUGUUUCUUCGCGAAAAUGCCGAUCAAUCCUGAGGGCGGCUUCGAGACGGAGCUGGAGCGCGACUUGCGCAUCAAUCGGAAGCGCUACGCGUCUCGGGUGUACACGAACGCGAACAAGUUUCUCCUGGACGAAAAGUUCCGCGUUUUCCACUGCAAAAGAUGCACGAGUCACGUCCUGAUUACUGACGCAGACGUCGACUCUGCUCCGCGCCGGCGAACCGACAACGCCCCCGUUUUCUGCCCAGACAAGAACCUCGUGAAACUGCGGACGAAGCCGCUUCCAGAGCCAGUGAAAGUGAAGAGACUGAAAGGUCUCGAAACCCAGUUCCUGCAUGCGUGUACGGAGUGCGGCCAACAUGUCGCGUAUCAGUCGGUGCCGCACGACAAAGGGAAGGACGUUCCCUUCGUCUACCUCAUCGAAACUGCAGUGAUCUUCCCAAAAAAGGCUGUAAAACCGAAACUGAGGUGCCGCGUCUGCGGCUUCAUCCCCAGGAACGAGCAACAUUUCGAAGACCACAAGCGAGAUCGUGGGCACUGGGACCAAGAAAGUGGAAACUUUCCGGCAGCCGAGGAGACGAACGACGCCCCCCUCAAUCCUAUCAUUGUCGGGUGAAAACGCGUCGGCGUGGAGGUUUCGCCGCUCUUUUUUUACUUUUUCGGAGGAGGAAUCAUUUGCACAACGCGUCGCUCCCCAUCGGUCGCCCUCAGCUCAAAAACAAGCAAGUCCAGCUGCGCUCCAGACAGAGGCAACAGAGCACGCACAUUCGUCUCACAGCAGAGACGCUGCGAAUCGACCGCUGAGAGCGACAGAGACGGCCAGAAAAGGUAGACACUCUGCUUCCACUCCUCGACGCAGGACAGCCCCCUCUGGGUUCUCGCCGCGGUUCGGUACCGCUACGCGAGAGAGAAGGUCCUCCGCAGAAAAGAGAAAAAGCGAGGGGUGUGCAGAAAAAAGGCGGCGCGAGGGGGGGGGGGGAGAAAACUGGAAGAGAUAAGGCGAGAUGAGGCUGCAGACAGGAUAAGAAGAUGCACAAGAAGUCAGACGGAGACACCUCGAAGAGGCGAAGCAGGUAGAAUCGACGACUUGAGGUCUCUGCCCUCAUGACAAAACAGGUUCACAGAAGGACGCGAAGAGUGCUCAGGCUGCGGGGCGUUGAGAAGAGCGAUUCGAUUUAGGAGAGAUCUGAAAAAAAAGACCAAAGAUGACUCCCCACGGUAGUCACCGGGUGUGCCUGGACGUUCCCAACCACCCGUAUGGCCAGCGAGAGCAACCGACGACUCAGAUGGUGCCAUAUGGGCGCUGAACCUUUUUUUUCGUUUUGUGACGCACAGACGCCCAGUGCAUGCGUAUCUUCUCAUGUUGCCGAAUCGCAAGCGUCUAAAAGGCAAGAAACGACAGCUCGAGAGAGCUGCUCGUGAAUGGACUUCUCACGCGGACGCCAGCGUCCGAAGAGAGAAGACGUGGAAGCUCAGAAACAUGUCGCGCUUCUCAAGGUUUUCCGAAACUAAGGCGAAGCCGGCGGUCCAAUGAAUUCGUGUGAAACUCUCAACCAGUGACCUCGCUGGGCGCCUUCUUUGCUGGCCGACACACGCGACCAAGUUUCUAAACUUUGCAAGCGCUGGUCAGGACCGUCGGCUACUGAGAGACGUCGUCUCCGAGACAGGAUUUCUUGUGGAAACGCUUCCCCUGGCGAGUUCCAGUCAAGAAGCGCUCGUACUUCGGCAAACACAGGUCGCGAGAAAAGAACGCCAUGAAGCUGGAAACCGUGGACUUCGUUUCUGGCUGAGGCGUCGACAAAGACGCGGAGGAAACGAGACAAGUGCAGUUGACACGAACGUUCCACACACUGUAGAGGUCAUGUUUUCUACGAUCUGUAGGAUGCCAAACCACGGACGACGAGAGAAAUGUGAUGAACAGGACGAGAAGUCCCGACAGACUGUUUUUCCGCCUUCCAAGUUUGCUGGUUUUAGAGACCUUUAAACAUCCCAGAAAUUCGUAUCGUCGCUCCGCGCUCUGCCUCGCCGAUUGAAAGGCACCCGGGCGUUCUCUUCUGGAGCGCGUCCGCUGCGAUUUCGUUGCUGUCCUCUGUGCAUGCAACACACGGCAAUGAGCAAUAAGAGACUUUGUUGUAAAGAGUACUUUCAGUCA